AUGAGGAGAUAAAACCUCAAACAUGAUCUGUAUUCCUAAAUCUCGACAAUUGGAUAGUCAUCCUCUUCAAAAAGGGGCAACCUUAAUAUUGAUGAUUUGAUUUAUUAGUUCAAAAUGAGGAAAUCGAAUUAAAAAUUGGCCAAGCAAUACUCUGAAAUCAUUAAAAUAUUUGAUAAAAAAUAAUCGCCAAAAUAGCCAUUUAACUAUUAGAGCACUCAAUUACAUACUAAAGUUAGAUUGCGAACAGAUGAAUCUUAGGAACCAUUUUAAUUUCAAGAGACAAAAUAAAGAUUGUUACAUCAAAUAGACAUUCAUCAAAUUAUAAAUGAGACAUCUCCUAUUAAAAUUACUCCUAGACUCAAUUAUGAGAAUUUCAAGACAUUUUAAGAAACUGAAAGAAAAUCAUAUGAAUAAAAUAAUUAUCAUACACAUUUAGCUAAUUUUGGUCCUUUAUCCUCCUCCAAUCAAUGCGAAACAGAUGAAGAAAUCAAAUAAAUUUCAUAACAAAGUGUUUAAAAAUUAUCAAAAUUCAGAACUUUUGAAUAAGAGCAAUUUUAGACUUGUUUUAAUAAAGUUAUAUCUAAACUCGAAAAAUUGAAUCUACAAUAUUAAAAGUAAGGAUUUCUGAUGAUUAAAUUUUUUUCUAAAUGGACACUUAAGGAAAAGGCUACAAAAAUGUAUUUUAGAUUUUUUGAACGCAAAAUUUCAUCAUAUUUUGAUCUUUUUAAAAUAUAUGAACCUUCAAUAGAAGAAAAUAAUCAUGAUAAUCAAAAUAUAUAUUAAAGAAUCUAAACAGACAAUGUUUUGAGUCCAAUCAAUAUGAAUACCCUCACUUUUUUAAUUCCUACCCUUAAACCUGUUACUCAAUUUGGAGCAAUGAAUUUUGAGGAAUAUUUGAAAAAGAAGAAUCAGAAUAUUGAAUGA